AUGCGAUCUCGAGCUGGAAGGAUAGAUGUGGAGUCUGCACUUCUGUACGGGAAAUUGGAAGAUCAGAUCUACAUGAAUCCUUUUCUUGUACUUACAAAGCUUCGUAUUGGAUCCCGUUUCAUCUUUAUAACCACGCGCGGGGAAAAUCCCAUUCUGAUGGCGCGUUCUUGCAAGGUGGCCGUAAUAGGGGCAGGCGUGUCCGGACUCGUCGCUGCUCGCGAGCUCGUCAGAGAAGGCCACCGAGUCGUUGUCUUCGAGAAGAGCGACCGAAUCGGCGGCACGUGGGUCUACGACCCGCGGGUAGAGUCGGACCCGCUCGGACUCGACCCGAGUCGGGAAAUCGUGCACGGCAGCCUCUACCUCUCGCUCCGCACCAACCUCCCUCGACAGCUCAUGAGCUUCUUGGAUUUCCCUUUCACAGCCACAGGGAAUGGAGAUUCCAGAACUUUCCCACGCCACGAAGAGGUCCUGGCUUACAUUGAGGACUUCACGGCUGAGUUCGGGCUUCUUGAGCUGAUCCGGUUCGGUGCAGAGGUCGUCCGAGUCAGCUCCGUUGACAUGAGGAAUAUUAACGAGUGGGUCGUGGAGUGGCGGACUCAGGGAUCGGACUCGAUACCGGAGUCCGAGAUUUUCGAUGCUGUCGUCAUCUGCUCCGGACAUCACACAGAGCCACGGGUCGCUAAGAUUCCAGGCAUUGACAAGUGGCCUGGAAAGCAGAUACACAGCCACAAUUAUCGGAUUCCGGAUCCAUUCCUGGACCAGAUUGUAGUUCUGAUUGGAAAAGGUCCUAGUGGCCUGGAUAUCUGUAGAGAUAUUUCAAAGUUAGCCAAAGAAGUCCAUCUAACAUCAAGAUCCAUAGAUGUUGAAGUUGCAAAGUUGGAGGGCCAUGAUAAUAUUUGGCAGCAUCCGAUGAUAAAGUCCAUUCAUGAAGACGGUACAGUGCUAUUUCAUGAUGGAUCAUCAGUUUUUGCAGAUGUCAUCUUCCAUUGUACAGGGUACAACUACAAUUUCCCCUUCCUGGAAACAAAUGGAAUUGUAAGCGUUGAUGACAACCGUGUUGGACCUCUAUAUAAACAUGUUUUCCCACCACGGUUGGCUCCUUGGAUCUCAUUUGUGGGCAUACCUAGCAAGGUUAUCACUUUUAUCACAUUCGAGCUACAGUCCAAGUGGGUGGCUCAUGUUCUGUCUGGCAAGGUGGUGCUACCAAAGGAAGAGGAGAUGUUUGCAUCUGUUGAAGAAUUUUACAUGACAAUGAAGGAAGCAGGGAGGCCAAAACACUAUACACAUACUCUUUAUCCAUCUGAGUUUGAGUACAAGAACUGGCUCAUUGCUCAGCUAGGCCUCCCACCUCUAGACGAGUCGAUAAAGCAGAUGUAUGUUUCUACUAUCACAGGUCUUCUCUCUCAUUUCGACGGAUUUCGCGACCAAUGGGAUGAUGGCCAUUGGACUCAACAAUCACAUUCUGCCUAAAAGAGAAUGAAGUUGGUGACCGACGAAGAUUGUCAUGUAUUUUAGCAGCGAGAAAAGUGCUAGUUCUUAAGAGGUUAGUGAAAAUAAUCAGUGGUCUAUGUGCAGAUUUUAUUAAAAAAUAAAGUCAAAUGUAGUUUUGUUUGUCCAAGAUUUCAUUGUAUUUUUGUUUCCUGGUGUGGUAGUCAUGAAUAAAAUAUGAAAUGAAGAGAGAUGCAAAAGAAAAA